AUGGUCCUAAACCGUCCAGACUCGAUUCGUCGCGCCGUAUUAAUGCGAUCUCAUUCAACAUGGUCGUACGACGAAUCAUUACGACAUUAUCGACCAGAGUCUGGCGCUUCCAACACGUCUAGAUUGUCUACCCAAUCCACGGAAUCUGGCUCAUGGAUUCCGAUGGAAAAUGUUGAAGGAGAACGACCCAACUCUAGCAUCGGGUUUGUGCGACGGAAGAAUGGUGCACAUCGGAAGAGGACCAAAAAACUGAGCUUUUUUAAACUGGCUCACUCUUCGUUAAUGAGUAGGGGCUAUAUAGACUUAAUUCAACACUUAUUUUUAUGUUUUGAAAGGAUUUUCUUAUGCACAUCAAAUAUUGUCAACUUUCAACUUUAAUGGCUAUGGUAUACACAUACAUAAUAUACAUAAAAAACAAUUUUCAGUGAUACAUAUGAUGAUAUAUGUUUCACAUGGUUUCUACGGGAUGACGGUGUUUCUCACGGCUUUUGGGCUACUGGUGAAAGGAGUUAG